ACCAGCUCAAACAACUUCUUUGGAGAAGAACCAGAACUCCUCAGCUCAUUCAACAGAAGAGCCUCCUGGUGGAGACAUGGCGGACCCUCAGGACAACACUCUGCGGAUUGUUCUCGUGGGGAAAGCUCAAAGUGGGAAGAGCGCAACAGCAAACACCAUCCUGGGGAGAAAAGCCUUUGAGUCUAGAGUUGCUGCCCACGCGGUCACGAAGGUCUGUCAAAAAGCAUCCGAAAGAUGGAAGGAGAGGAAUCUUCUUGUUGUUGACACCCCAGGGCUCUUUGACACCAAGGAGACCCUGGACACCACAUGCAGAGAAAUCAGCAAGUGUGUCCUCUACUCCUGCCCUGGGCCCCACGCCAUCGUCAUGGUUCUGCAGCUGGGCCGCUACACGGACGAAGAACAGAAGACCGUGGCAUUGAUCAAGGCUGUCUUUGGGAAGCAAGCCCUGAAGCACAUGAUCGUGUUGUUCACUCGCAAAGAUAACCUGGAGGAUUAGAGCCUGAGUGUCUUCUUAGUAGAUUCAGAUGUGAAUCUAAUAUAUAUCAUCAAGUAGUGUGGGGAACGCUAUUGUGCCUUCAAUAACAGAGCCUCUGAGGCUGAAAAAGAAGUUCAAGUGCAGGAGCUGGUGGAGCUGAUAGAGCAGAUGGUGCAGAGCAAUGGAGGGGCUUACUUUGCUGAUUCCAUUUAUGAGGAAACAGAGGAGAGGCUGAAACGAAAGGUAGAAUUCCUGAAGAAGAUCUACACCGAUCAAUUAAAUAACGAAAUUAAACUAGUAGAAAAGGAAUACGCUCAUAAUUCAAAGGAAGAACGUGAGGAAAAAAUAAAACAGCUAAAGAGGAAGUAUGAUGAACAAAUAAAGAAUAUCAGGGAAGAAGCUGGGAAGAGCAUAUUUGAUGAUGUUUUAAAUAGGAUUAUGAAGGUGCUUUCAAGAAUAUGGCAUAUGUUUUGGUAGUAAUGCCCAUUUCAUUUUUUCUUCUGAAUUUACGAUGACUUGUGAUAGCAGUAGAUUGUAGUUUCUAUAGAUGGCUGUGACAGUAGCUUCUACUUUUCCUACAACCUGACUCUUACUCCUGCCACUGAGUUGUGGGGUUUGUGUCCUCUGUCUUGGAACAGGGCAGAUUGUGGGACUGUUUCCAUAAAUAACAGACGGUCGAAGCAACACCUUGUGACUCUAAGGGUUAGUUAUGGGCAAUGCUUCCGGGCCCUGUUGGCGUUUUUGCCUUUGGGACUUGACCGUCAUGUUGUGAGAAAGUCCAGGCUGUGCCUUGAGAGACUCCCAUGAAGAGGGCCUGAAGUCACUGGCCCACUCCCCUGGCUCACCUUUCAUCUGUGAGCCAGACCAACUUGCCCACCAUGCAAGUGAGGCCACACAGAAUCUGGCCCUCCGGCUGCCCCGCCACCUCAGAUGAACUUGCAAAAAGCAAAGAUGACCCAUUCCCACUGAGUCCUGCCCAAAGUGCAGCUUCAUGAGAACAAAUAAAUGAUGGGUUUUGUUUUUAA